AUGGCAGACAUUCUUACUCAGCUGCAAACAUGUCUUGAUCAGCUCGCAACUCAAUUCUAUGCCACUCUUGGCUAUCUCAAUACCUACCAUGAUAACUCUCCCGCCACGCCUCCUCCGGGCAUAUCAAAUGCCGCGCCUGCUCUAGCAAAGAUGUCCAAGAACACCACCUCCCCUCCUGUGCCAGCAUCCAUCGCAGCCUCGGCGGGAGCCGGCGCAGCAGCAGGCGCAGCUCAAUCGCCUGUGCCGCCACCCACGCAGCAGCCAGGCGCAGAACCAGGAGCAGCUGAAAUCGAAGAGACCAACAUUUUGCCUAGACCAGACUCUCCCCUUACAUUUGCGGCGCGACAGCGGGAGUUGGCUCGCGAUCUCAUCAUCAAAGAACAGCAGAUUGAGUAUUUGAUCUCGGUAUUGCCAGGGAUUGGUGCUUCUGAGAGGGAGCAAGAGGCAAGAAUCCGGGAAUUGGAAGUACAGCUGCGUGAGGUGGAGAAGGAGCGUGCUGCUAAAGCUACAGAAUUGAUGCAGUUGAGGAGCAGAUUGGAAGAUGUUCUAGGUGCUGUUUCUACAGGACUAUACGGCGACCGGCAGCUGUGA